AUGGCAUCCCAUCCCCUGUUCAAGAUACAAGAAGUUCCAAGCAAAGGCAAAGGAGCAGUCGCCCUGGAAGACAUAAAAGCCGGCACAUUAAUCAUAUCAGAAUCCAUCUUCUGCGAAAUUCCUCUCGUCAGACCAGAAGCCUCAAAAGAACAAAGAGAUUCUGCCUUCCAAGCCCAGCUAGAAGUGUUAGACCUCCAUCAACAACAAGACUUUUUCAGCCUCGAAAACCGGUACCCCGAGUACAAUCCAAUCGAAGGCAUCAUGAGAACCAACGGAAUUGCAUUAGGACCCAAAUCACCCCACGCCGCGAUAUUCCUCCUCUGUUCCCGUUUCAACCACAGCUGUUCCACAAACGCCGUCUACUACUGGAACGCCAAUAUGUCCCGCGAAACAAUUCACGCCGUGAAGGAAAUACAGGAAGGCGAAGAGAUCACCGUCAGCUACCUCUCAACGGAAGACUGGAUCAUGUCGCGGGAGGAGCGUCGUCGGAUGAUAUCCAUGCAGCACCGGUUCUCCUGCUACUGUGUUGCUUGUAUCGCAUCCCCCGAGGCGGUAGCAGCGAGCGAUAGAAGAAGACGCCGCAUAAUGGAGAUGCAAGAGUCGAUAUCGGAGGGCAACUUGCUGGUUCACAAUCCGAGACGUGGACUGAAGUUCUGUCGUGAUGUUUUGAUGUUGUUGCAGCUGGAAGGGGAGUUCGGUGCUAUGGCUUGUGUUGUCUACUUUGAUGCGUUCCAGUUCUGUGUUGCUAAUUGUGACUUUGCCCGUGCGAGCUGUUUUGCGGCUUUGUACAUGCGCAAGAAGAUCUUUUUUGCUGGUGGGGAAGUGGAUGAUUAUGAGGGUGUUCGUGCGUUCAUUGAGAAUCCUGAGAGACAUGACUUGGCUGGGUAUUGUUCGUUUGCUUGGAAGACCGUUUUGCGGGAUCGUCGAUCGCUGGACAGUGAAGGGUUUGAGCAGUGGCUUUGGCAGCGGGUUCUCGAGGGUUGA